AAAUCUGGGACGCUCAUGCGCGUCGCUUGCCGAUGUCGUUUCACGGUUAGUAAGGGAGCCCUGCGUAAAGAUGUCGAAUGGUUUAUCUCAUUUCAAGAUGGAUAUGCACGCUUAAAAUCUGAAACUCCCCUCCUACUCUGAGAGGAGAAUGGCACAAGCACUCUCUCCACCGCAUCUAUCCCAGAGAAUGGAGGAUCUGCAUCCUGAUGAUUCCGACCAGGACUCUGGUGUGGGUGAUGAUGCUGGUGAAGAUGCUACCAGUUGCCAUGGAGCUGCAGAAGGGGAGACCAACAAAGAACAACAUGGCGUGGAUUAUACUGAUGAGAACACACAAGAAACCGAAGACUUCACGGUCUUCGUUGCCUUCCAGGGCAACAUGGAUGAUGAGGACUUCAGACAUAAACUUGACACUGUCCUUCGUGGCAUACCGACUGUGCUUGAUAUGGAUUCAAAGAAAAUUGAGCCUCAGCAUGUCGAGCCGUGGAACAGUGUUCGGGUUACCUUCAACAUUCCUCGAGAUGCUGCUGAGCGUCUCAGAUUGUUAGCCCAGAACAACCAGCAGCAACUACGAGACCUGGGGAUUCUCUCAGUGCAGAUUGAAGGGGAGGGGGCCAUUAACGUGGCGAUGGGACCAAAUAGAGGACAAGAAGUCAGAGUGAAUGGACCAAUUGGAGCCCCUGGUCAAAUGAGAAUGGAUAUGGGCUUCCAGGGUCAGCCUGGUCAAGGAGGUGUGAGAAUGGCAAAUCCGUCAAUGGUUCCCCCAGGGCCUGGAAUGGCAGGUCAGGCCAUGGUACCAGGUAGCAGUGGUCAGAUGCACCCUCGUAUUCAACGGCCACCUACACAGACAGACAUGAUGGAGUCAAUGAUGCCAGGAAUGUCCGUUCAGCAGCAACAGCAGCUUCAGCACCAACAGGCAGAUCCCCAUGGCUCUGGGCCCAUGCCUCCCCAGGCUGCGCAUCACAUGCAGGCUCUUCAGGCUGGUAGACCGCUGAACCCAGCUGCAAUGCAGCAGCUUCAGCAACAACAUCACCAACAGCAGCAAGCACAGCUGGCUCAGCUUGGACCAAGACCACAAUUCAAUGCCUCUGGACAAAUGGUUGUGCCACCAGGCUGGAAUCAGCUGCCUUCUGGGGUCCUUCAACCACCGAAUGCCCAAGGAAACCCCGCCUGGAGAAAGCCUCCACCCCAAGCCCAGAUGGUUCAACGUCCUUCCCUUGCUACUGUACAGACCCCCAGUCACCCUCCACCCCCGUACCCCUUUGGUAGCCAGCAGGCAGGUCAGGUAUUCAAUGCGAUGGGACAGGGUCAAAUACAGCAGCAGCAGACAUCCAUGGCUCAGUUUGCGACACCUCAGCCUAAAGGACCCCAAGCUGGUGGCAUGGGAGGAGCACCUCGACCUCCUCCCCCCCUCCCAUCAGCUUCUGGUCCACAAGGCAACCUUACAGCCAAGUCUCCGGGUUCGUCCUCAUCUCCUUUUCAGCAAGGUUCACCUGGGACUCCACCUAUGAUGGUUCAAAGACCAACAACUCCACAGGGAUUUCCCCAAGGUGUGUGCUCCCCAGGGAGGGCAGCCCUGGGACAACAGGGCAACCUGCAACAAGGAUUCAUUGGAAUGCCUCAGCAUGGCCAACCUGGUCAACAAAUUCAUCCAGGAAUGCCAAAACGGCCCAUGGGCUUUCCAGCUCCAAACUUUGUCCAGGGUCAAGUAAAUGCCAACGCAGCGGCGAAUCCAAUGGGAGGAAACAAUCAGCAGUUACUAAGCAAUCAAACUGUAACUCAUGCAGGAGCUCAACCAUCAGCAUCAACCCCAAACCCAAUGCAGGGUCCUCCACCCCAUGGCCAAUCAAAUGUUAUGGUUGUACAAGGUGGCAUGGCAAAUCAGACGCCGGGUACAAACACUGGGCCUACAAUGGGCCCGCAACAAGCUAGCCUUCAGACCCAGAUGAUGGGCCUCCAGCAUCAGACCCAACCCGUGUCCUCCUCCCCCAGCCAGAUGGUUCAAGGCCAGGGUGCUGGUCAGACUGUCCUCUCAAGGCCCCACAGUCAAGGGCAGAGGGGAGGGAUGACCCCACCCAAGCAGAUGAUGCCUCAGCAAGGCCAGGGGGUGAUGCAUGGGCAGGGUCAGAUGGUUGGAGGCCAGGGCCAUCAGACUAUGCUCAUGCAGCAGCAGCAACAGAAUACGAUGAUGGAACAAAUGGUUGCUAGCCAAAUGUCGGGUAACAAGCAGGCUUUUGGCGGCAAAAUUCCCCCUGGAGUUAUGCCUGGACAGAUUUUGCGAGGCCCUAGUGCAAAUAUUCCGGGCAACAUGGCCCAAUUUCAGGGCCCAGCAGGUCCACAGCAGAUGACUCCCCAACAACAGCAACAAAUGGCUCAACUACAACAACAGCAGUUGCAGCAGCAGCAGCAGCAGCAGCAGCAACAUCAGUUACAGCAGCAACUUCAGCAGCAGCAGCAGCAACAACAUCAACAGCAGAUAUCACAGCAGCAGUCCCAACAAAUUCCCGGUGCUGGUAAUGCCAACCCCUUGAUGGGCAUGCACGGUCAACAAAUGAGGCUCCCUGCUGGCCUGCCCCUAAUUCAACAGCAGUUGCAACAACAACAGUUACAGCAGCAGAAGCAACAACAGCAACAUGCCCUAUUACAACAACAGCAGCAGCAACAACAACAACAACAACAACAACAGCAGCAGCAGCAGCAACAACAGCAGCAGCAGCAGCAGCAGCAACAGCAACAACAAGCAUCCCAACAACAUCAACACCCAAUGGCGGAUCCUAAUAGUGGUACAGGGGACCUGGGCAUGUCCCAGAUGGUGCCCGAUAUGCAGGCCCAGCAACAAGGGAUGAUGGGUGGACCUCAGCACAUGCAGCUUGGAAAUGGCCAUUUUGCAGGUCAUGGCAUGAAUUUCAACCCACAGUUCCCUGGUCAGAUGCAGAUGGGUGGGCCAUGUGGACAGCCUGGUGCGUUUUCGGUCAACAAAGAUGUGACUCUGACAAGUCCCUUGCUUGUCAAUCUCCUGCAAAGUGAUAUAUCGGCCAGCCAGUUUGGUCCUGGUGGAAAACAAGGCGCUGGUGCCGGAAGUCAGGCCAAACCCAAAAAGAAGAAACCUCCUCGAAAGAAGAAGCCUAAAGAUGGAGAGGGACUUCAGCAGGACGGUGGUGUGGAUGGAACUGGUGCUCUUGAUGAUUCUGAUCUGCCAAACGUUGCCGGUGAACAGAAUAUGAGCUUGGACAAUUCUGGCCAAAAGAUCCCAGACUUCCCAAACAGGCCAUCAGGCUUUCCUGGUGACCAGAGGGUGCUGCAGCAAGUCCCCAUGCAGUUUAUGCAGCAACAACAUCCACAACAACAAAUUCAGCAUUUGCAGCAGCACAUGCAGCAGCAACAUAUACAACAGCAGCAGAUGCAGCAACAGCAACUGCAGCAGCAACAAUUGCAACAGCAGCAGAUUCAACAAUUACAGUUGCAAGGAAUCCAGACCACUCAAGGGCAACAAGGAAUACAAGGGCCACAAACUGCAGCCCAAGGUCAGACCCAGAUCCAUUCUCUUCAGCUUCAACAACAGCUACAGCAACAACAUCUGCAACAGCAAACUCAGCAACAGACUCAACAACCACAUUUGCAACAGCAGCAGAAUCAACUUUCCCACUUGCAACAGCAAGCUCAACAGACGCACCUGCAGCAGCAGCAGCAGCAACAACAACAACAACAACAACAACAGCAGCAGCAAGCGCAACAGCCCCAUUUACAACAGCAACAUCUGCAGCAACAGCAGCCACAAGCUCAGCAAGUACAUUUGCAACAACAGCAGGCUCAACAGAUGCAUCUGCAGCAGCAGCAAGCUCAGCAGACACAUCUGCAACAGCAGCAAGCUCAACAACAGCAACCACAUCUCCAACAACAGCAGCAAACACAGCAACCACAGCUCCAACAACAACAGCAGCAACCACAUCUCCAACAACAACAACAACAGCAGCAGCAGACACAUCUCCAACAGCAGCAGCAAACACAGCAACCACAUUUGCAACCCCAGCAACAAACACAUCUGCAACAACAGCAAGGGCAACAACCGCAUCUGCAGCAACCACAGCAGCAAGGUCAACAACCACAUCUACAACAGCAGCAGCAAGCUCAGCAACCACAUCUGCAACAGCAACAGCAACAGCAAGCUCAGCAACCACAUCUGCAACAGCAGCCGCAAGCUCAGCAACCGCAUCUGCAACAGCAGCCGCAAACUCAACAGCAGCACCUGCAACAGCAGCAGCAAGUGCAACAACCACAUCUGCAACAGCAGCAGACUCAACAACCACAUCUGCAACAACAACAACAACAGCAGGUUCAACAACCCCAUCUACAUCAACAACAGCAAGCUCAACAACCACAUCUGCAACAACAGCAAACACAGCAACCACAUCUGCAACAACAACAACAACAGCAGCAGCAAACCCAGCAACCGCAUCUGCAACAACAGCAGCAGCAAGUUCAUCUGCAGCAGCAGCAGCAAGCGCAACAGCCACAGCUACAUCAGCAACAGGUUCAGCAGCCCAAUCUUCAACAGCAGCAGCAAAUGAUGAUGAUGUUAAAGAUGCAGCAGGAGCAGAAGAAUCGCAUGUCUAUGCCACCUGGUGGGCAACUACCCCCUCGUAGUAUUGCUGCUCCAUCUGACUUGCAGAGGCUUCCUGUGUCCCAGCAAGGAAACAUGCCUGUAAUGAUUAACCUUCAGGGACAUGGAGGGGUUCCUCCAUCACCUGACAAAGCCAGAAUGCCCUUAAUGGUAAACCCACAGCUUGCUGGAACCGUGAGAAGACUGUCCAUCCCUGAUGGUGGACAAGGAGCCCAAGCGACUGGAUCAGAAGAGUCUCAAGCUGUGGUCCGUCCUGGCGGACAAGAAAUUGGAAUGCAGCCUGGAAAUGGAAAUCAACAGAUGAUGGCGAGUCAGGUUCCUGCCGGUCACGUAAUGAAGCAACAAGGUCCUGGCCCGACAGCUCUCCCUCAACACGCAGGCGCCAGUCCACAGCAGAUGCCGUCUCAGCCACAGUCGGGUGGCCCAAUGUCGGGCAUUCAUUUCCCAAAUGUGUCCACGACCUCGCAAAGUUCCAGACCAAAAACGCCAAACCGAGCUAGCCCCAGGCCAUACCAUCAUCCGCUCACCCCCACCAAUCGACCACCAAGUACAGAGCCGUCUGAAAUCAACUUGUCUCCCGAAAGGCUGAAUGCUUCCAUUGCCGGAUUAUUUCCUCCCAAAAUCAACAUCCCUUUGCCUCCACGGCAACCAAAUCUGAAUCGGGGAUUUGACCAACAAGGUUUAAAUCCAACGACUCUAAAAGCCAUUGGACAGGCCCCGCCUACACUCGGCUUAGCAGGCAACAACAGCGCCAGUGGAAAUAACACUAAUAAUGGUCAACAGUCUUUUUCUGCUGGUGCUGGAGUCGGCGCCGGUAAUAAACAGGACAAGCAGUCUGCCGGGCAGGGGAAGAGGGCAAGUCCCAGCAAUAGUCGCAGAUCCAGCCCAGCUUCGAGCCGAAAGUCCGCGACACCAAGUCCAGGAAGACAGAAAGGGGCAAAGAUGGCUAACACUUGUCCUCCCCAUCAGCAGCAUUUGGUCAACCCCCAGGGACAAACCAUGAUGCUAAACCCGACGUCAGUACCUCAGAGUCCGGUAUCUAUGCCUUCACAACUGAGUGGCAGCAUGGAGGGUCAACAGACCCAGACCUCUUUCCAUGGCUUACACACUAACCCUGCUGAAGGGCCAAGAGAAAAUCAAGGAAUGUCUGUGGAGCAACGACAGAUGCCUCAACCCCAGCAACAGCCUCAUCCUUUACGGGAGCUAACAGCACCUAGAAUGGCAAGUCCUCGUGUCCCUACUCCUCGGCAACAAAAGCCUGACGUCGAACUGCAAGUUGUGCCACUGGAGAGACAGCCGACGAGCAAUAUCCCUCAGCAAGAAUCCGAGGUCUCCCCUGCUCUGAGGGCCGCGCCAACAUCUCUGAACCAGUUACUCGACAACUCAAGACCUGUUCAGGGCCGGGAUGCAACCAGUAAGGACGCCCCAAUACCACCCCCUGAUGCAGAGAGGCCACUUCAAACUACUCCUCAAAAUGCAGAAAUGUCAGCUUCUGUAGUUACUACUGCCAUUGUUGAUCAAUCAGAAACUAAAUCCAAGCUUGCUGCACCAGUCCCUACCAGCAGUCCAAACAGUCAGCAGGUUGAAGUUUCCAACACAACCCUUGCACAUUCUACCACUAGCUCCAACCAAAACCCCAGUUCUGCUAUGAAUGUAAAUGUCACCACUGUUUGUCCAACCCCGAGCACUAACACUAAUAUUGGCCACAGUGUCACAGGGAACCAGGUUUUAUCCGGUCAGAGUAGCUCUGCCACUGCAUUGGGCACUAGUUCACCCUCUAGCGUCACCCAAGCGUCUUCGGUUCUAAAACCAAGUCAGAGUCCCAAGUCUUUAACAGGUGUCCACUCAGUCAUCCAAAUUCCCGCUUCCUCAAGCACCAUUUCACCCAACCAGUUCACAGUGUUUGUCACCUCGAAUCCCAUCACCUCAACUCCCUCUCCAUCCAUGGUGUCAAAUGUGGUAGGUGUCCCAAACAAAACCAUCCGUCCACAGGAUAUUCGGCAGAAUACUCCUGCUCCUCGGCAGCAGCAGUUCAUCACCACCACUCCUGUGUUCAUCAACCCAAUUUUUCAAGUCCCCGCUGCGUCUGUGGCUCCAAACACAGCAGUCGUUUCGCAGUCUGUGACGGUGGUGGGUUCAAUACAGGUGUCUAAUUCAAGCCUUUCCACUGCUCCAAGCGCCACCAACUCCAGAGUGGUAAACGCCACCGGUGCCCAAAUCAUCAGAAGCAGCACUGGACAGUUUCCAGCCAUCACAAGUGUGUCCGCAUCAGGACCAGUUUUCUCACUCACCCAGCAGGUGAAUCCUGGGCCACUGAAAACUGAGAACACUGGCGAAGUAGCGCCUGUUCAGAAGUCAAGUCCCCCUGUCCAGCAACCUUCUCCGCAUCCCAGUCCCUCUGCAUCAUCUCCGUUUCCACCCCCGCUCGCUUCGACACCGCCCUGUUCUAGCCCUGGUGUCACAAACUCCAUCCGAAAGGGCCCCAUGUCUCCAUCUGCUGCAAGUCAGUCGAAAAACAAACCUGUCCAGGUUGUUGCUGCUGUACCUGAGCCCGUGCAGAGUACAGUGGAAAGGCCAGCACAGCCUCCCAUUGGCGCUCUCCAUGGGCAGAUCUUAAAUCCGCAGGCUAAUACUAUGAAUAGGAUUGAAGCAGUUGCAACUCAUACCACUCCACAUACUGCUGCUUUGCCUCCAACCACCUCACACAUUUCACCUGCUGGCCAAGUUGCUGCUUUACCUCAGAUUGGUCCCCUAUCUCAGUCACCCUUACCCCCUGUGGCCUCAAGCCCGAGCCAGGUGGUUAUCCCACCGACUCCCGUUGUUGCUGUAGUUGGGAAUACACCUGCUGUCUCCUCUGCUGCUGUUGUCUCUCCUGUUGCCCCUGUGCCAAGCCAAGCAGCACCCAAGAAUUCUGCUCCUGCGCAUGGGCCUGUUCAUGAGGCUCCCCCAACUCAAACAUCCCCAGUCUCCAACAGUAGUGGAGCAUCGCAACCCCAGCCGACCCCACCAACUAUGGAUGCACCAAGUGAACCAGCUCUAGCUGUUGCUGACGCCAGUCAGACCGCAGAACCUACACAACCAGAACCUGUACCGAUGCAAGAGCCUGCUGCUGCUGAGAAGACCGUUGAGGAGGGCGUAGCAUUGCCAGAGCAAGGAUGGGCAAAGAAAAGAAAGGCGCCCAUCAACUUAGUCCCAAGAGCCACGGUGGAAAAGCCGAAGGGGCCAAGCAGGCGCAGUUCCCGGGCAGAGAAGGAGGUGGAGGAGGAGGCUGUGGCGGAGAGUGGCGUCAGGAAGAGACCAGUACGGCCUGGGACAAGUGCUGCUAACAAAGAAACCGGAGCCAGCCCCACACAGGCCAAAAGAAAAAAGUCAAAAUAAUUUAUGUAUUCUAUUAGCUAUGACAACCUGUGAACUGUACUGUAAAUGUUUUAGUUUACCCGUGUCAAUCACUCGGGUUUUUUAUUCCCAAGAUUAGAAUAUUCGGUGAAACCAUCUGUACAGAUUGUUUUUAAAAUAAUAAGUAUGCUAUUGUGUUGUGUGUGAAUGUGCUUUUUAUAAAAUGCUGAUCUUGUACUGGAGCUCGUUAUGAUAAUGUUGUAAAACUGAAUUAAAUUUUUUACCGCGUUGCUCUGUGA